AUGACGAGGGGCCUGAAUACCCCCCCGCAAACGACCAACAACGUCUGGCCAAGUCCAGAAGAGACUCCUCCAGGGACAUUUGCAAUGCCAUUCGAGUCAUACGCUACCCCAGACUCCCACCGCCUCUGUCCACAACUCUUCUGGCAAACCGGUGCCGGCGCCGGUGGCCAUUCGCCAUCAUCACAGCCCUACCCCGACCUACUAGCAGACGACGAACAACAUAAUCACAGCUGGCGACCAGAACGUCUAAAGAACCCCAAUGUCCCUGUUCCAAUCUCAUCCAGUCCAUGGCCUGACUUCUCCGCCGUCACCGAAGCAACAGCUACCCUAGCAAUGCCAUUCCCAACUCCAACCCCAAAUCUCCUAGAUGCGACUUCCCUCCCUCUCACCCCGCCCACGUGCACAUCUUCCGACCCAGCCCCCCAGUGCACAUGUCUCUCCUAUUUAUACCUCUGUCUCAGCCAUAUCUCCUCCGUCGCCUCAUUCCCGGUCAAUUCCCACACCAUCUGCUCCCUCUACAUCGCAGCCCGGACAGCUCGCGACGUGAUCCGCUGUGAAUCAUGUCCCAAGGUUUUCGCAACGGGCAUGCAAAAUGUCAUGUUCACCGGAACACUAUUAACAACCGUCGCCGACGCCUGGCUACGUAUAUGGAACACCGACCCCGUCGAACUAGGCAUGCAAACUGCCCCGCCAGCAUUCGUCUCAAAGGCACUGCAAAGUGAAGACCCGGCGCAGUUCUGGAGUAGCUGGCUCCGCCAAAUUGUCCGUCGUGCUGUUGUUGGCGGCUUUCUUGCCGCUGACGCGGGCACUCCUUGUUCUAUACAGCCAGACUUGCUGUCCUUGAUUAGGGAGGUUGAAAAUCGUCAACGGCGCUGGCAUGGGCCUGGUCAACACCCGUUUGAGGGGUAUAAUCCGCUCCGCCCUGGGCCUCUUGGUCCCCAUAAGUCGAAUGAGAAUGAGGAGUGUGAUGAGAAAGAACUGCUCUGUCUUCGUGUUGUGGGGAGUGCUAGGUCUGUUCUUUCGAAGUUCCAUUUUGAGCCUGAGGAUUUUCCGGAGGGGGUUAUUCCUGAUGAUAUGCAAAGCAAGUCGGGCCAUUGA